AUGCCGGUAGGUUUAAUCCUGGCAACAAUUCGAGUAUUUAUCGGAAUACAAGUUGUAUUAGCAGCAACAGUGCUGUACAAGCUAUCAUCGAUUCAUUCAAUUGUAUUAAGAUUCAUGUGUGGGAUACUCGGUAUCAUUGUGAUAAAAGAAAAUGAAGAAGUCGAAGAUGAAACGGUUAAAGUGAUCGUAUCAAAUCAUGCAUCAUUAUUGGAUCAUUUGGCUAUACACUUAAUUAGAAAUAGUUUUUCGACAAAAUCUUGCGACUUGCCAACAUUUUUACAUCAGGGUUUCAAUUAUAAAGAUAUGGGUGUCAAUCAAAACCAAGAGCUUUUUAUUAAAAAUGUAAAAAGCUUUUUGAAUAAUGAUGUCACUAUCGAUAUUCAACCGGAAGGUGGAAUCACAUCUGGGAAAAAAGGAUUACUUAAAUUUUCAGUGUGGCCAUGUAAAUUAUCUUGCCCAAUUCAACCAGCAGUAAUUAAAAUAUGGAGACCUCCAUUAGUCGAUGUAUCAGUUUCUGUAAUUAACACAUCAUGGACAUCUGAUUUAUUUUGGUUUUUUUUCGUGCCAUUUACGGUAUUUAAAAUUAAAUAUCUUACCGUUGUGAAACAAAUGGAAAAUGAAUCUCCUGAAGACAUGAGUAAAAGAAUCGAAACUCUUAUUGCAAACGAACUUGACGUUCCUGUAACAAAUUUUACAGUUAACGAUAAAUUAGAAUUAGAAAAAAGAUUAUCUUGCGAAAUGAAAGUAAUUAAACAACCGCAAACAAUCAGGACGAACAUUGAUCCGGGUUUAAUAGAAAUGGCGUCCAAAGUGAAAGACGUUCUUCCCGAUGUUCCACUUUCGGUUAUUUACAAAGAUUUAGGCACGACCAGAAACGUGGAUCUAACGGUCGCAAACUUUUUAGAAGGACUAAUUAAAUACACACCGGAAAAAAUGACGUCAUCGUCGUCUGAUUCUCUCACGUCGACGACAAGCGGUUUCGAAAAUAGGAAAUCGUCGUUAAAUGCAACAGUUGGAGGAAGUGCGCAACCUUCUACGUCAUUUAAUACGUCAUCGAAAACAUUUCAUAAAUCCGCACAGGAAAGAAUGAUUUCUUUUCAGGAGCGUAAACUAAGAUUAAUACAAAACGCGAGGCAAAGAUACAUAGAAAAACACGCAUUGAACGUUAUGAAUAGCAGUUAA